GCUGUAUGGGCUGGGUACAGAGCAACAGGCUGAAGCCUACUAUAACUUUAACCACUCAACUUAUUUGAUAGCUUAGACUCUUUUUUGUCUUGUGGUAAUUAUUCUAACUUGACGGUUCAGUUUUUCAUUCGUUGUGAUAAUGUAAGUAGGGUUAAAACAUGAAACUCAGUGUAAAGUGAGCUAGCAAGCUCGACGUCUGUUUUGUUGUUGUUUCAGCUAACGCUAGCUAGCGAAAGCUGCUCUGAGGUCUAGUGUGAAGUCGAUAGCCUGAGAGCUUACGUUUGGUCCUCGGUCGAGUUUAAAAUGAGCGCCGUUGACGAGCUACUUUUCAGGAAGCCAUCAACAAAAUGUUUUUGCCACAUUAAUAUCUCCUAUAUUCACUGAGCUAUGAUGCUCCCGAGGAAGAAAAGUAAGAACGAAGCGUCCAAACCAGCAGAGGUUCAAGGGAAGUAUGUGAAGAAGGAGACGUCUCCUCUGCUCAGGAACCUUAUGCCCUCGUUUAUCCGUCAUGGGCCAACGAUUCCUCGGCGAGCAGAGGUGCCAAUGACAGAAGCCCCAGCUGUACCUAGUGCCAGUGUGUACCCAUUGGGUUCAGCAGCAGGGACGGACGCAGGUGGACUGAAGAGUUUCUUGCGUAAUGCGACGCCUCGGCCUCAGCAUGAGGUUUCUCGGCGAGACAGCCAUCGUCUAUCUGCACCAAUAUAUCUUCCACGCUCGCUCUCUGACCUUCCUCAUGACUACUCCUCUUCUACCCCGUCAUUCAUCAGUGAUGGUGGUCCAAUAACUGAGAACGGAGAUGUGGCUCGUUACUACUACCCCCCUGAGGCGUACUACGAUAACCAGCCCAGGCGCACACGCCGCCCCGAUCACUUCCAUGAUGAUUACAGAUAUUAUGAGCACAGCGAACUCAACUAUCCACGAGGCUCACCACAGCCUCAGACGCCCCAACCUCACCAUCGUCCCCCUGCAGCUAUUGGACGCAUGCAGGCAAAGUCUCUAGGCAACCUGGCGAGUUUGAGUGGAGAAGAGACGGCCCUUCCACCUGGCUGGACAGUUGAUUGGACAAUUCGAGGCAGGAAGUACUACAUCGACCACAACACAAACACUACUCAUUGGAGUCACCCACUGGAGAGGGAGGGGCUUCCACCUGGCUGGGAGAGAGUGGAGUCUGCGGAGUUUGGAGUUUAUUAUGUCGACCACAUCAACAAACGGGCCCAAUACAGGCACCCGUGUGCACCCAGUGUUCCACGCUAUGACCAGCCUCCGCCCCUACCUCCACCAAUCACUUACCAGCCCCGUCCCCCAGAGCGGAAUCAGCCAGUGCUGGUGCCAGCAAACCCCUACCACACUGCUGAGAUCCCAGACUGGCUCCAGGUCUACGCCAGAGCACCUCUGAAGUAUGACCACAUCCUAAAGUGGGAGCUAUUCCAGCUGAUGGAUUUGGACACGUAUCAGGGUAUGCUGAAGCUGCUGUUCAUGAAGGAACUGGAGCGCAUCGUUAAAUCUUAUGAAGCUUAUCGGCAGGCGCUGCUCACUGAACUGGACAUGCGCAAACAACGGCAGCAAUGGUACGCUCAACAGCCAACCAAAAACUUCCCUCACAACAUAUGAACUGCAGGAGACUGACAUCCAGGAACACACAUGUACACUGCCAAGCCUUCACAGACGUGUGCCUUAGCAAGUGUCCUGCAGCACCAUGUGUAGACUCCACACACACACACACACACACACACUCCAACAUAUAGCAGAGGCUCGUAGGGUUCUUACAGACUACACAAGAUUUAAAGCGAGAGCUGCACACCUGUAUUUCCAGAAGACCUUCCAAUCACUAUCGUAUGAUGCGUGCUACAAUGACAGUUACCUUCUAUACAGUUUAGAUACUACGAUUUAAAUAGACACUACAGUGCCUUUUGGAAAUUUGGACCUGUGAAUCACCUUCCUGAACUAAAUAUCUUUCUCACACAGACACGCACAGCUCUUCCUGUGUUUCAAUUGUCUGAAGCAUGCUAUAAUCCUGUCUGUACUUUUCUUCGGCCUGUGCAGCCAAUCUGCCUGUAGCACACACACACUUUUGCCUUCAGCCUAUGGACAAUGAAGCUUUUAUAUGGACUUUUCUUGACAAUGACAAUCCAGCGAGCUCUACAUGUUAAAGGGUUUGUGGUUUUUUUCCAAAGGAAUAUGUCUUUAUUUAAAGACUAGGUUUUGUCAGCAGAAGCAUCACAUGUGAUGCAGGGCAAGUGUGAGCUCUUUUUGCUCCUAGCUUUUUAUCUUUAUGUAUGUUAGUUUAUUUCCUGCAUAAUGAAAUUAUAUAUAACUAAACCUUAUAUAAUGUAAAAUCCUCUCUGUGCUGUGUAGCAGCAAUAUGUUUAAGUCUUUAAUUAUUGUGUGUAUGUGAGUGAGAGAGGCUGAACGUUGGCAUUGCUCAUGCACGAUCGUUUUUCCACAUAUGUUAACAAUUUUCAUACACACAAGCACUCACAUACAUCACAAGGCUUAUUUGUGUGAGGUGUGUCUGCUGCUGACCGCUAUCUGACCUCUGUUAUAAACUCACAGAUCUUGCCAACUCAAGUCUGUGUGUGUAGGAUUGUGUGGGCUUGUGUUUGUGAGAGAGUAAGCAAGGACUUUUACAGAGCAUGAUUUUCUUUGUAAAGUUUGUACAUAUGUAAACACCAGCAAAAUUUUAAGCUAGAAAGCAACACAGAGCCGGUAACAGUGGUUUCACUGAAUACCACAUAUUUCUUUUUUAUUAAAGAACAUGGUGUCACUGGUGUUAUAGCAGCUGUAUGCAGCUGUUCCCUUGCUUUCUCUUGUGGAGAAAAAUAAUUGAAUUUUUGCAAUUUUUUUAACAUAAAUUGCAAAAAGGACUUUCUGGUGGUGGUAAACAUUACCCCUGACUAUUACAAGGCACCGACACUGGAGACUCCUUUCAAAAAAUAAAUUAAAUAAAUGUGUCCUUACAGAAAACUCCACAUCAUCAAUUUAUCUUGGUAAAGACAUUUUAAAAAUACAUUUAUUAUUUUCCUUAGAUUACUUUUACACAUGCACCCUAUAAGUCUUGGUUACUUAAGCUUUACCAUGUGAUAUAUAAUAUUAAUCAACACCUGACCAAUCAGAACUGAGAAAUAAACAGCUCUGUGGUAUAAUGCAAUAUAACCUGAACGCUACUUUUUUUUUCCUCCUGAUUUUGGCCAAUGCCAUAUCAUGUCUGUUCCUGAAAGAGGGCUUGAAAAAGCUUCAACUUUACCUUGAAUUCCAAUAUCCUGCAUCUGCACAUUUGUCCUUCCAGGAAAAUAUAUUGCUUUAGCUAUCUCAGUCUUAUAUAAACUGAAUCAGUAUUGUGUUAACAGUGAGCUGUAAAAGCCCUCAGCAGUCCAGCCUUCUCGUCUGUUACGGCUUGUAAUAAAGACUGGGGUAAAUUUA